GGCACCAGGCCCACCUCUUCUUGCUUCCUUCGUGGGGUGGUUGGUCGUCUCCCUCCUCACGCCGACGCCAAACCAAAAAAGCGCCUACCACCAGCGACUUCAACCUCCUCCUCCUCAAUCGCCCGCCCGCCUUGUGUUCGCCGCCUCCACCUCACCCCCAAGCCUCCUCCCUCCCACGCCACCCCCAAACCCUAGCAACCCGAUCGGACCCAACCCGAUCCGCCCACCAAAAAAAAAUCAUGCGAGAUUCCCCGGCAUCCUAGCCCAACCCUAGCAGCAGAUCCAUCACCACCAACCCCCUAGAGAUGAGCAGCCUAUCACCUCUCGACUCCUCGCCGGCGGCCGAGGUGCCCCUCGCCCCCGGCUUCCGCUUCCACCCCACCGACGAGGAGCUCGUCUCCUACUACCUCCGCCGCCGCGUCCUCGGCCGCCGCCUCCGCGUCGACGCCAUCGCCGAGGUCGAUCUCUACCGCCUCGAGCCCUGGGACCUCCCCUCCCUCUCCCGCAUCCGCAGCCGCGACGCCCAGUGGUACUUCUUCGCCCACCUCGACCGCAAGAUCGCCGGGGCCGGCGCCGGCGGCCGGGGAGGCCCCGGCAACAGGACCAACCGCGCCACGCCGCGGGGCUACUGGAAGACCACCGGCAAGGACCGUGAGGUCUACCACCGCGGCAAGGCCGUCGGGAUGAAGAAGACGCUCGUCUUCCACGCCGGCAGGGCGCCCAAGGGGGAGAGGAGCAACUGGGUCAUGCACGAGUACCGACUCCUCGAUGCGGACGGGCCCCAGGAUCUGCACGUGGUGUGUAGAAUCUUCCAGAAGCAUGGUUCUGGACCACAGAAUGGAGCGCAGUAUGGUGCACCAUACAUGGAAGAGGAAUGGGAAGAAGAAGAAGAUGCCAUCGAGAAUGCACCUGUUAGUGGCGCAUCUGCUGGAAUGGCUGCAAUCACAUGUGCUGUAGAUGAGGAGUCGAAUGAGGAGGAUGAGAAUGGAUACUGUAAAAUCAAUGAGCUUGCUCAAGCCCAUGAAGACUCACCAGAGAUGGCUCCUCUACAAGCUCAAGGUUCCAAAGACACCAGUGACGGAAGCUGUGCUGAUGGUGUUAUUUCUCUGGAGGAGAUUUUACAGGAACCUUUAUCAAAUAUUAAUGCAGAGAAUAUAGGUAGCUCUGAAGGGCAGAAUGCCACUGAUGAUAACUUCAGUGUUGAUGACUUAUUAUCCACAUGCCCCACAAAAGAUGAUGGCUAUGUAGGUCAGGAUGGCACUCUGAAUGGUAGUUACCCGGAGGAUGGCAAUCACACAAAUUGGCCUUUGAGAGCAUAUAGUAAUCAGAACUAUGCCAAUGGUACUCUUAGUGCUGAGGAGUUCUUUGACACACAGAAUGAUACCAAUGGGAAUGCAUAUUCAGAGUACCCGCAGGCUGAUGGCUUUCCAGUACCUCACCAACAAGUGGAUGGCAGCAUGGUAUUUUACGAUGCUCCGUCUGAUUACAACUUGGUGGAUGGAAACGAUGACUUUGUAUAUUUGAACGACCUCCUCAAUGAGCCGCUUGGAAAUGAAUCACUCUUUGACGGAGAUGAUAUGAUGGCUUACUUUGAUGCCACGGAGAAUGAUUUCAAGUAUGAUAUUUCGGGUUCUGCCAAGAGUUCAAACUAUCAAUUUGCAGAGAUGUCAACGAACUUUGCCCAAAAGGGUGAUAACAAGGUCGGAUUUACAUUCGAUGGGAUCGCCAAGGCUUCGGAAGCAAAUGUUCAAUACAGUGCGUCUUCAUCUGGUUCCCAUGAGGAUCUGUAUCCAGAUUCUGCAGUACCAGAUGACGACACUGGUGAUAAAACUUUUGGAAAGCGCUUUGCCGGCAUGUUGGGCUCUAUCCCAGCUCCACCUGCAAUGGCCUCAGAAUUCCCUCCGGCGACCGGAAAAUCUGUUGGCGUGCUCUCGGCUGUCAGCCCGAGCUCGAUUCGUGUUACGGCUGGCAUCAUCCAACUUGAUGGCCUCAGUUUUACUGGCGCCUCCGAGCGGUGGCCCCUGCAGAAGAAUGGAGACUUCAGUUUGCUUCUGUCCUUCACAGUGGAGAGCGACAUGUCAACCAAAGCUGCUUGUUUCGAGCAGGCUUCACGGAUGAGCACCAUCCCAAUGGUGCUGCGCAGCGGCAUGUAUCUUUUCUUUGUCUCGGCCAUGAUACUUGUGUUGAGCUACAAAAUAGGGUCGUGUAUCUACAGCAGGUAAGUUAAUGCUGCCCCGGCGUCCGGCCGAGGGCUGUUUAUUUGAUUAUUAUCCAUCCUCCCUCAACUAGCAGGGAGGCGCAUUUAGCUUGCAAACCAUCCUGACCUGUUAAACAUGUACUGGCAAUAAACUUGCGAUGGGAGCGAUGUACGUCAUGGAUUGUGCCGCCUCAUCCGGGACACAGCAGAGUAUCUGUUUUCGUUUGCUUUUCCCUUCUUUUUUAAUUUGUUAUAUAUGGUGGGAGCUAGGGGCCCUUAUUAUCAUUGUAACCAUGCGGAUUUAACUGGUGUAUUAUUUGCUUGGUUGGUAGACGGCCAUUGACCGUGUGUCCUUAUGAUUGUGAGUGGGGUGAUUCUGUGGGCUGUCAAAGAGCUAGGUCCGACGACCUAAAUUUA